AUGGAGGACGAUGACGAUUUUUACGACACGAUCUCAGUUAAUUCAACAACAAAACGCUUGAACAACAACCGGUACCUCAGUCUAUCGCACAACACCAUCUAUCAUUCAGUCGUGGAUAUUGACGACGACAUGGAACUGCAACCCCUCGACAGGAACGGCCCUGAGUCCUCGGCAUCGCGACACGAUAAGGUCUUUAAAAAUAAGGAUGUUAAAACAUACUCGCAGUGGAGAUAUAGGAAAUGGAGAAGUUUUACAAACGAAGACCUGGACGUGGAUUUUGUUUUGGCCUACGACAAAGAAGGAAAACCUGAAGACAUACAAAAACGCGAAGAAUUCGAAAAAAGCUUGGAAAGUAUCGGGCUGAUUUUAGAACGAGAAGAAAACCAAAGGAUACACUUCGUUAAAAUACACGUUCCCGUCGAAGUGUUGGCUCAAUAUGCCGAAAUUCUCAAACUAAGGCUGCCAAUUAUAGACAAUUGUGAAGAUGAACUACCUGAAAACAUAAUUGCGUCCACUUUUACAAAAAUCUUAGCCUGCCUUAAAGUGUCCUUGGACCCGCAAAAAUUUCCGCCCCAGAAGUACCAACUGACCGCAGAAUUUAGUAGAGAUAAGGAAUAUUUAUUUGAUACCAAAGCACCGAAUUUUUUUAAUAGUUCUGUAAGAACAACAGUGAUCUCCUAUAUUCUAGAAAGGGAACGAUUUGGAAGAGAAGAUCAGGAUAAAGGUGUUAAAAGACUUAUUACUGAGGGAGUUUAUAAGGCUGCAUAUCCACUACACGACGGUGAUCUAGAUACAAAAGGCUCCCAACGCAACCUGUUACUGAAACAAUGGGCCUCCGUCUCGAAAUGCAUAAAAUACCAACCCAUCGACGAAAUCAAGGACUACUUCGGCGUCAAAUUCGCUCUCUACUUCGCCUGGCUGGGAUUCUACACCAACAUGUUAAUCCCCGCAUCGAUUGUCGGCCUACUGUGCAUCUUAUAUGCGCAAAUAACCUUGAGAUCCGACGACGUGUCCAGAGACAUUUGCGCAUCCGACGUGCUGAUGUGUCCUAGGUGCGACAAGUACUGCGACUAUUGGAGACUGAGCGACUCCUGCACGUACUCGAAGAUCCAGCAUUUCAUCGACAACCCGGCGACGAUUUUCUUCGCGGUUUUCAUGUCCUUCUGGGCGACGUUGUACUUGGAGCUGUGGAAAAGGUACAGCGCCGCCGUUGCGCACAAGUGGGGUCUUACAGGGUUCGAUUUGCAGGCCGAACCGCCGCGACCCGAGUAUUUAAUAAAAUUAAACAACGCGAAGAAAAAGAAACUGAAUGUUAUCACGCAACUUCACGAGCCUGUCGUGCCUUUUUGGCGGGUCAAAUUCCCGUCGAUCAUUCUCAGCUUUACAGUGGCGGCGUUGUGGGCUUUGAUAGCUCUCGCCGUCGUUGUUGGUAUUGUUGUCUACAGGAUGUCCAUGUUUGCGACCAAAAGUUUCUAUGUAGGCAAAGAUAGCUAUCAAGAUUACCAAACCUACUUGAUUUACACGGUUCCUCUCAUCACUGGUGUGGUAAAUUUAGUUUGUAUUAUGAUUUUGAAUUAUUUAUAUGAUUGGUUGGCAGUUUGGUUGACUGAAAUUGAGCUGCAAAGAACGCAGACGGAGUACGAUGAUAGUUUGGCCUUAAAAAUCUACAUGUUCCAGUUUGUGAAUUAUUAUUCAUCAAUAUUUUAUAUUGCGUUUUUUAAAGGCAAAUUUGUUGGAUAUCCUGCCAAAUACAAUAGAAUUUUUGGUUAUCGACAAGAAGAGUGCAAUCCUGGCGGUUGUUUGAUGGAACUAACAAUUCAACUAGCGAUUAUAAUGAUUGGCAAACAAGCCUUGAAUGCGAUUAUGGAAAUUCUGUGGCCUUUAUUAUUUAAAAUGUACACGACGUUUAAAAUAACAACGGGCUUGGAAAAAGAAGAAAAUACUGAUGAAAUUUUAAUAACUUGCAAUCAAUGGACUGAGGAUUACAAACUAUCUGCUUUGGAUUCGCAAAGUUUGUUUUCGGAAUACUUAGAAAUGGUUUUGCAAUAUGGCUUUGUGACAAUAUUCGUGACGGCAUUCCCACUGGCGCCACUCUUUGCCUUGAUAAACAACGUUCUGGAAAUGCGUUUGGAUGCUACCAAAUUCAUCAGGUACUUCAGGAGACCUGUUCCACAACGUGUCUCGAAUAUCGGCGUCUGGUUUCCCAUAAUGUCGUUCAUAGGAAGACUGUCGGUAGUCUCGAACGCUUUUAUCAUUGCAUUUUCAUCCAACUUCAUCCCACAACUGGUGUAUAGCAUGAAAGUCAGCAGCAAUCAUACAGAGGAGGGUUUUCUGGAGCACAGUCUGGCUUAUUUCAACACGUCAGAUUUUGUGAGCGGCAACGCACCUUUGAAAACGAUAUUCCCCAAUGUAACAGUAUGCCGAUACGCUGAAUACAGAAAUCCACCCGACGAUCCUUUAAAAUACAAAAGACCGUUAAUCUAUUGGCAUAUACUGGCUGCAAGAUUGGCUUUUAUAGUCGUGUACCAAAAUCUUGUUAGUUUUGUUAUUACUGUAGUGGAGUGGACAAUACCGGAUGUCAGUAGAAAAUUGAAUGAUAAGAUCAAAAGGGAAGUCUACAGGACGAAUGAGACUAUUAUUAAACAUGAAACUGUGAGGGCUAAACAGAAGUUAAAGCAAAGUAAUAGAGAUUCAAUGAUAUCCAGCAACACAAUAUAUUUUGAUGCAAAUGGAGAUGCAACCUCAGAAGCAUUUGACCCCAAAAAUCGCAACACAAUAUAUUACGAAGCCGACGAUGAUUAG